AUGGCGGCGGCCCCUGCGGCGGGAGAGUUCCCGGCGACAGCUGCGGCUGGAGCUGCAGCCGGGCCCGCGCGGGGGCUGCACGGGGCCCGGAAGGGGUGGGCCUGAGCGGGGGUUUGGUCCCAGCUGACCUCUCCCGCCGCCUUGCUAGAGGACAGGUCCAGCCCUGGUGUCCACAAUGCCCCAGGCCUCUGAGCACCGCCUGGGCCGGGCCCGGGAGCCACCUAUUAAUGUCCAGCCCCGCCUGGGAUCCAAGCUACCAUUUGCCCCCCGGGCCCGAAGCAAGGAACGGCGAGCCCCUGUCCCUGGGCCAAACCUCAUGUUGCGACCCCUGCCUCCCCGGCCAGGUCCCCCUGAGGAGCGGCUCAAGAAACUGGAGCUGGGCCGGGGCCGGGCCUCGAGCUCUCGCCCCAGGGGCCCUCUACGGGCUGAUCAUGGUGUCCCACUGCCCAGCUCCCCACCUUUGACUGUGGCUGUGCCACUCCCAUCCCGGACCAACCUCACCCGCUCCAAGUCUGUGAGCAGUGGGGACCUGCGGCCCAUGGGCAUUGCCCUGGGUGGGCACCGCAGCACUGGGGAGCUGGGCGCUGCCCUGAGCCGUUUGGCACUCCGGCCGGAGCCCCCUACUCUGAGACGGAGCACCUCCCUCCGCCGCCUGGGGGGCUUCCCUGGCCCCCCCACUCUGCUCAGCAUACGAACGGAGCCCCCAGCUUCCCAAGGCCCCUUCCACGUGAUUUCUGCCCGGUCCUCUGAGCCUUUCUACUCUGAUGACAAGAUGGCUCAUCACACGCUGCUGCUGGGCUCUGGUCAUGUUGGCCUCCGGAACCUGGGGAACACGUGCUUCCUAAACGCCAUGCUGCAGUGCCUGAGCAGCACCCGGCCACUGCGGGACUUCUGUUUGCGGAGGGACUUCCGGCAGGAGGUGCCUGGAGGAGGCCGUGCCCAGGAGCUCACUGAAGCCUUUGCUGAUGUGAUCGGUGCCCUGUGGCACCCUGACUCUUGCGAAGCUGUGAAUCCUACUCGGUUCCGAGCUGUCUUCCAGAAAUACGUGCCCUCCUUCUCCGGAUACAGCCAGCAAGAUGCCCAAGAGUUCUUGAAGCUCCUUAUGGAGCGGCUGCACCUUGAAAUCAACCGUCGAGGCCGCCGAGCUCCCCCAAUCCUGGCCAGCAAUGCAGCCUCCUCUGCAGCCCGCCGUGGAGGAGUGAUGCUAGAAGAACCAGACUUAAGCGAUGAUGACCGUGCCAACCUGAUGUGGAAGCGUUACCUGGAGCGAGAGGACAGCAAGAUUGUGGACCUCUUUGUGGGCCAGCUGAAAAGUUGUCUCAAGUGCCAGGCCUGUGGAUAUCGCUCCACAACCUUUGAAGUUUUCUGUGACCUGUCCCUGCCCAUCCCCAAGAAAGGAUUUGCUGGGGGCAAGGUGUCACUCCGGGACUGUUUCAACCUUUUCACCAAGGAAGAGGAGCUUGAGUCGGAGAAUGCCCCAGUGUGUGACCGGUGUCGGCAGAAAACAAGAAGUACCAAAAAGCUGACUGUACAAAGAUUUCCCCGAAUCCUCGUGCUCCAUCUCAAUCGGUUCUCUGCCUCCCGAGGCUCUAUCAAGAAAAGUUCAGUAGGUGUGGACUUUCCCUUGCAGCGACUGAGCCUUGGGGACUUUGCCAGUGACAAAGUGGGAAGUCCUGUGUACCAGCUCUACGCCCUGUGCAACCACUCAGGCAGCGUCCAUUAUGGCCACUACACGGCCCUGUGCCGCUGCCAGACUGGCUGGCAUGUCUACAAUGACUCCCGUGUGUCCCCCAUCAGUGAAAACCAGGUGGCAUCCAGCGAGGGCUAUGUGCUGUUCUACCAACUAACGCAGGAGCCCCCACGCAGCCUGUGACAUUCCUGCCCGGCUGGCACCUGCGAUACCAUCUCUGUCUUCAAGUCCCAAGCUCCCAGUUUACCUCAGAGACGUCUAUUUUUGUGUCUUUUUAAUCGGGGAGGUGGGAGGGGGUGGUUGUAGCACCCAUUAUUUUUUUUAUUGGAAAGCACCCUUCACCCUGGAAGUCUCCAAGACCCAUGUACAGAGCCCCCCCCCCCGCCCACCACAUCCCCUACCCAUGUACAGACCCCCACCCCUCAGCAACCUCACUUUUUUUUUGUGAAUAAAUUUAUUAAGAAAACAUA